AUACUGGUAGCCCACCUGUAUGGUCGACAGGUCAACAUGGAUCCUUUCAUAAGUGUAGCCAGAUAUUACAACCUUGACAUCAUUGAGGAUUGUGCUGAAAGUUUUUCUGGGUUUGUGCACAUUGGUCAUCCUGAUUCAGAUCUCGCCUUAUUCAGCUUUGGUGUUAUCAAGUUCUCCACCUCUUUUGGUGGCAGCAUCAUCAAGGUUAGAGAGGAAGAGCUCUAUCGUCAAAUGCAUGAACUUUACUUAAAAUACCCUAUUCAAAGCAAUGCAACAUAUUUAAAGAAAUUAUUGAAGUAUUUCCCCUUGUAUACAACAUUGCAAGUCUGGCCAUUCCCUCAACUGAUGCAGAAAUCAAGAGAGAUGGGUAUGGAUUGGAAUGCCACUUUUGUCAGCUUCCUUAGAGUUUUCCCCAAUGACCUUAUAAAUAACGUCAGGUACAGGCCUAGUUCUGCCCUCCUUUCUGUUAUGGCCGGUGUUCAGACAUCAUUUAACCCAGCCAGCUUUGAUCUGCAGCGCAUUAAGUGCAGCUACUUUCAGUCAAACUUGACCACUUCUUUAAAAGUAAUCGGCACCAAAACCAAGAUAAACAAUUUCUGGUUAUUUCCUGUCGUUGUG